AUGCAACCAUGUUUAAGAAGUCUUUAAGCAAACAGCUGAUUUGUGGUGUGUUGUGAUAAAUUGCUCGGUAUUUCUCCAAUUGUAUUCAUUAAUAAAAUACUUACAUAUAUCUAAAGAAGAAAAUGCUACUUCUUGGCCGUACAAGUCUGCUAGCACAACUCCUAAGGCGCCCAUCGGGAUAUAGGUGUAUCAUUACGACAAGAGAAAGUAAAACCACCACAAAUAUUGAAAAUGUCGACAAUCCACCUCCAAGUGAUGACGCCCAAUUGGAUGAGUUCACCAAAGAGUUUCUCAAAAAUCGCAUAGAAAUGACGCCGUUUCAGAAAAUAUUGCUUGGCGCGGGCUCAUCGGUAGCAGCGCUUAUAGAUCCACGAAGACACGAUAUGAUCGCCGCUUUGGGCGAAACCACCGGUGAAGCGACACUACAGAAUAUUUUGCAAACGAUGCAGGCAUCGGAAGAAGGUCAACGUAUACUCACACAGAAGCCACGUAUCAACACUCAAACAGUGAACUUGAAACGUCUUCGUUCGUUGGCCGAGAACACACUGGGACAUGUCUACGUUCAAUUCUUAGAUGAUAAUAAGGUAACACCUGACUCACGCAUGGAGGUACGUUUUAUUCAUGAUCCAAUGUUGGCGUACGUGAUGACUCGUUAUCGUGAAUGUCAUGACUUGGUCCACACCGUGUUGGGCAUGCCUACUAAUAUGCUAGGAGAGGUGGCCGUCAAAUGGGUCGAGGCAUUGAAUAACGGAUUGCCUAUGUGCUAUGGCGGUGCAAUAUUUGGUGCCAUCCGUCUCCGUCCUAAGCAACGAAAGGAAUAUACAACUCAUUAUUUACCUUGGGCUUUAAAGAAUGGCCGAGAAAUGAAACCUCUUAUGGCUGUUUAUUGGGAGGAGCGAUGGGAGCAAAAUUUAGACGAAUUACGAAAGGAAUUAAAUAUAACGACCCUAAAAUGAAUUAGUUAUUCCCUAGUUAUGUAUGUAUAUAAUAGACUCUAAGCCUUUUCAUGUUUAUGUAUAUAUUGGACAAAUGAA